AUAAUUUUAGUCAAACUUAAAAAAUGCUUUGACUCCUCAAUGAUUCUUAGAAUAAUUUAUAAUUUUAGACCAUUACACGGCAUUGACGUUUUGCAUUUUCAUCAAAUUUUGGUUCACUCGCGGCCGGGUUAUGACUCCACCACGUGCCACAACCUGAUCUAUAUCUUGGUGCCAUUUUCGUCGCCCCUGACUCGUCAGCGAUCGAUGAACACAGAAGGCAGAAUAUGGGCACGACCUGCCUUACCAUUUUCAUCCUCCUGCUCCAGCUCCUCCUGAUGAUUUGUGUCUGCAAAUCCGAUGACCAGUUGACAAGCGCAAGGCCACUCCACCCCGGCGACCUGCUCAUCUCCAAAGGCGGCGUCUUUGCACUCGGCUUCUUCUCCCCGUCCGGCUCCGGCUCCAACACGACGAGCCUGUACGUUGCGAUCUGGUUCCACGGCAUCCCUGAGCGCAACCGCACCGUCGUGUGGGUCGCCAACCGCGAUAGCCCAGCCACCACGGCUUCGUCCCCGACGCUCGCCAUCAGCAACAGCUCUGACCUCGUGCUGUCGGACUCCCAAGGCCACACUCUCUGGAGGACGCAGAAGUACGCCAUCGCCGCCGCCGUCCACGACAACGGCACUGCCCUGCAGGCCGUGCUGCUCGACACGGGGAACCUGGUACUCCAGCUGUCCAACGGCACGGUCGUCUGGCAGAGCUUCGAUCACCCGACUGACACCAUUCUCCCAGGCAUGAGGUUCCUGAUGAUCCACAGGGCUCGCCCCGCCGCCGCCGCCGGGCGCCUGGUCUCGUGGAGAGGCCCCGCCGACCCGUCCACCGGAGACUUCUCGUUCGGCCUCGACUCCGUCUCCAACCUCCAGCUGAUGGUCUGGCACGGGGCCGACCCGUACUGCCGCAUCGGCGUGUGGAACGGCGUGUCGGUGUCAGGCGGCAUGUACGCGAGCUCCCCUAGCUCGAUGGUGUACCAGACCAUUGUCAACACCGGCGACGAGUUCUACCUCGUGUACACCGUCUCCGACGGCUCGCCGUACUUCCGGAUCAUGCUCGACCACACCGGCACGAUGAAGCUCCUCAGCUGGGACACCAACUCGUCGGCGUGGACGGUCAUCUCCGAGCGCCCCACCGGUGGCUACGGCCUCUACGGUUCGUGUGGCCCCAACGGCUACUGCGACUUCACCGGAGCUGCCCCGGCGUGCCAGUGCCUCGAGGGCUUUGAGCCCGUCGCCGUCGGGAUGAACUCUUCGACAGGAUGCCGGAGGAUGGAGCCUCUGCAGUUGCAGUGCAGCAAGGGAAGUCACUUCGUGGCCUUGACCGGGAUGAGAGUUCCUGACAAGUUCGUGCUCCUCCGGAACAGAAGCUUUGAGCAGUGCGCGGCUGAGUGCAGCACUAACUGCUCGUGCACUGCCUAUGCUUACGCAAACUUGAGCAGCAGCGGUGCCAUGGUCGACCAGUCAAGGUGCUUGGUUUGGACUGGGGAUCUUGUCGACACAUGGAAAAGCAUCAACUAUGGUGAGAAGCUGUACAUCCGGCUUGCCGACCCUCCUGUUAAAAUCAAGACCAAUAUAGUAAAGAUUGUAGUCCCGGUUAUAGCAUGCCUGCUGCUACCCACAUGCAUAGCCCUUGUCUGCCUAUGCAAAUUCAAAGGGAUAUGGAGGAAAAGGGAGAUUCAGAAGAAACUAAUGCUAAGAUACUUGAGCACCUCGAAUGAACUUGGAGACAAAAAUGAAGAAUUUCCAUUUGUUAGUUUCAAAGACAUUGUUGCGGCAACUGACAAUUUCUCUGACUGCAAUAUGCUUGGAAGAGGAGGCUUUGGCAAAGUUUACAAGGGAAUGCUAGAAGGUGGGAAGGAAGUUGCUGUCAAAAGACUUUGUCAAGGUUCUGGGCAGGGUAUUGAUGAAUUCAGAAACGAGGUAGUUCUACUUGUCAAACUACAGCACAGGAACCUAGUUAGACUACUUGGUUGCUGUAUUCAUGAAGAAGAGAAGUUACUGAUCUAUGAAUACUUGCCUAACAAAAGCCUGGAUGCCUUCCUGUUCGAUACUUCAAGAAAGCAUGUGCUUGAUUGGCCAACACGGUUCAACAUAAUCAAAGGCAUAGCCAGAGGGCUUCUAUAUCUCCACCAAGAUUCAAGAUUAACAAUAAUUCAUAGAGAUCUUAAAGCAAGUAACAUCUUGUUAGACACAGAAAUGAGUCCCAAAAUAUCGGAUUUUGGUAUGGCAAGAAUCUUUGUGGGAAACCAGCAACUAGCAAACACUACCCGUGUUGUUGGGACAUAUGGUUACAUGUCUCCUGAAUAUGUGACAAGUGGUGCCUUUUCUGUCAAAUCAGACACAUAUAGCUUUGGCGUUCUUCUCUUGGAGAUUGUAAGUGGUUUGAAGAUCAUCUCAACUCAGCUCAUAAUGGACUUCCCAAACCUUAUAGCUUAUACAUGGAAAUUGUGGGAAGAGGGAAAUGCGGCGAAAUUGGUGGACUCAUCGGUUGCUGAAAGUUGUCCAGUCCAUGAAGUUUUUAGGUGUAUUCAUGUAGGACUUUUGUGUAUCCAAGACAAUCCAAAUGCAAGGCCACUCAUGUCAUCAGUUGUGUUUAUGUUGGAGAAUGAAACCAUAUUGCUUCCAGCACCAAAGGAGCCUGUAUAUUUUUCACCAAGGAAUAAUGAAACUGAAGAAACAAGGAGAAACAUAGAAGGCUUUCUGAAUACAUCGUCUAUCACGACACUAGAGGGCCGCUAGAUGUUCACACCGGAAUUUAUACUAUGUAAAUGUUCAAGUCUUUGAUUAACCAUGUACGCCUGUGGGCUUAACUGAAUUUCAGCAGCAUAGCCAGUCGUAAUAUAUGUGAAAUUACAGUCUUCCAAAGGGAUAUAUGUGAGCUUACUGUACUGAACACACUGAAUUAGCUUGCAGCUUGGGAAAAAAAUGCAGAUAACAUACAGGAAUUUGAGAA